AUGGCCUCUUCACAGGUUAUGUUUCUGCCAUCUCAAGUGUUGACCAUUGAGAGAGCGGAGAGCCGGGUUGAAGAGCUGCUCCGCUAUUACCGUCAUGAUGAGCACACGCUCUCGUCGUGGUUCUUGCCAACCCAAGAUCGCGCGCAGGUUGAUGAAGCGUUCAAAAUCCUCAUACGUUACACAGCUAUCAUCGAAGCAUCGCUGGUCAAGUUGUGCUUAUUUUUUGCCGACGACGUUCUGCAGAUGGCCAUUGCUAUUGUCGUGUGCGUGCACAGACAAAGAAAUCUCCUCGUCGCCUCUGCGCAUCGGGCUCGUGCGCGAUAUAUCCUCACUCUUUCUAGUAUUCGCGCAAUGUCUCAGUAUUUGGACACAAUGCUCGCGGAGCUCUGUUCCUCGGCCCGAUGGAUGGCCUCGGAGAACGGUGCCCGGCACAGGCGGCUGGUAAACCAAGCCAUAUCGAGGAUGCAGGCCUCCCUUGGCCGUUUCACUCGCGAGGAUCUCACUGGAGGAGCACCUCUACCGGUAGCCAUCUCUUGUGGACAGCCUAACUGUCAAAGCUACUCCUGCGUUUCCCCAUCCACUUCUCGCGAAGCUGCAAAUGAAGAUCGCAGACGGCUUUCUCAUACGCCUGAGUCAGAUAUCGAAGACGAAGGCGAUAGGGAUUUUAUUGGCUGGGAGGCCACACCAGACUUGAACGUCCUGCUGCGUCACUUUGACCCCCUCACCAUCCCUCUGGAAGAGAUAUCUCAGCAUCGGUCACGCUUCGGACACACAGCAGAGCAAGAGAGGCUGCGCCGUCAAAACAAUGGAUGUCUGUCACCCUUGCAGACAUUCUUGUCCACUAUGGAUAAGCUGCCUGAUGUUGUUGCAGCUCACUUCUGCUCUCCGGGAAGUCAUUUGUCUGGAGGGUCUUCUGAUGAGGAAUCUUCAGGUGGAGAGUCUUCCGAUGGCCAUAGCUCCGAUAGUAUAAUGUCGAGCGACUCCGGCACCGUGGUGGAUCAAGCAGGGUACCGACGACAAAAGUCUUCGUCCUUUGUCGACACAGCUAUUUCCGUGCCGUCAGGCUCUAGGAAGCGGCGCCGCGCGGACGAACAUACUUCUCUUUGCGACCCUCGACGGCUCUCCUUGAACUCUGUGGGUUCCUCUCCCAAACGGACGCGUUCGAGAGGCUCCACCAGGGAGGCUACAAUCACGAUGCGGAGGCGGGUAGCUCCAAGCAUACUCGACCAUGCCCCAGAUCCCAGACGACGUCCCAGUUUCAGAAACGCCAUCACGUCUAGUUUACCUCGCUCUCGCGAAGAAAACGACGUGUCCCGCCUUGCAGCCUUCGAAUUAUCAAGUGCUCGUUCGCGCUCUCCGAGGAGUGAUCGGCAAUCUGUAUCACAAAUAUUGCCUAACGAGCGCACGGGCUACUCUUGGUUUGGGGGGUUGUUGGGGAUAUGUAUGAGACGCCGCCGAGGUUGA